UACAGAGAGGAGCAUCAACUCUUCGAGAAAAAAGAAGGUAGCCUAACACUACAAUUAAAAGAUUUUUUAUGAAACGUUCGUGCUGGUUAUUUUGACUGCCAACAUUGUUCAUUUGAGAUUACGCAAUCCGCCACGGUUGCGCAACACCCAUUAACUUCUUAAAGUUCUUCUGAGCCACUUCUUAAUGUUUUCAUUUCAGGACGAGAAGGGAAGAAGGUAGCCUACACCUCUUUGUAGUAGUUUCCUGUCAGUUGCUCCCCGUCGCCUGCUGAAACACUAAACUUGUGAAAAUGGGAUACCUGCUUCAGGCGGUGCAACUUUCGACAGUAGCUCUCUGCGUGUUGUCUGCGGUGAUGGUCAGGCACGAUGAAUUCACAGAAGCCACGGCUUACCUGCAGCGAUACGGUUACCUGCAAACCCCUCUGGACCCCCAGAUUGAGAGAUACCAAAUGGAGGAGAUCACAGAGGCCCUCAGGAGCUUCCAACGGGUGACCGACCUGCCGGUGACGGGGGAGAUCGACGAGGCCACACUGGCGGUGAUGCGGCAGCCCCGCUGCGGCGUUCAGGACCCCUUCAACCAGAAAUUCAAGUACAGAGUGCUGAGCUACUGGCGCAAGAAGAGCCUCACCUACCGCAUCUACAACUUCACCCCUGACCUGCGACAGGACAAAACGCGGGAGGCCAUCCGCCUGGCAUUCAAGUACUGGAGCGAAGUGACCCCCCUCACCUUCCGAGAGGUUCUCUAUGGACGGGCAGACAUUAGGAUCGCCUUCCACAGGAAGGACUUCACCUGCGCUGACCCUUUCGAUGGGCCAGGUAGCGUGCUGGCCCACGCGGAGCCCCCGGAGUCCGGCCUGGUGCACUUCGACGAGGACGAGACCUGGACGGAGGGGAGCUACUCCGGGACCAACCUGCGCAUCGUGGCCGCGCACGAGAUCGGCCACGCCCUGGGCCUGGGCCACUCCCAGUACAGCCGCGCCCUGAUGGCGCCCGUCUACAUCGGCUACCGCCCCUAUUUCCGUCUGCACGCCGACGACAUCAAGGGCAUCCAGGCCAUGUACGGUAAACGGACGACCAGCUUACCCACAGACGAGCCACAAUCCACAACACGCCCUGACGUACAGGAAAAGCCAGAUCCCUGCACAGUUGAUCUGGACGCCAUCAUGCUAGGCCCCUUCAGGAAGACAUUCGCCUUCAGCGGAGAGUAUGUGUGGACAGUGUCCAAUAUGGGACACAACCCCCCCAUCAAGACCAGCCUCUUGUGGAAAGGUCUUCCGGGGAACCUGGAUGCUGCCGUCCAUUCCCAGAGGACCAACAAGACCUACUUCUUCAAGGGAGACAAAGUGUGGCGCUACACUGAUUUCCGGCUUGACUACGGCUACCCCAAGCCUCUGACACGCAUCCCCCCGAAUAUUGACGCAGCCUUAUACCUGCCGGCCAACAGGAAGCUUUUCUUUUUCAAGGGUACAAGGUACUGGCAGUGGGACGAGCUGAAGUACACGGUCCUCAGCGCGUACCCCAAACCCAUUUCAGACCUCUUCACUGGGGUUCCCUCCAACCUGGACGCCGCCUUCACCUGGACCAACGGCAAGACGUACUUCUUCAAAGGCGACAAGUACUGGCGCGUCAACAAGCACCUGAACGCAGAGCGCGGAUACCCGCUCAGCAAGAGAGAACGCUGGAUGUUGUGUGGCAAGUAGGCCUCCGGGGGGGGAAGAAAACUCAACGGAGUCCCCCGCCCGCACUGCCCCCAACCGUGGACAGGCUGAAGCACUGUCCUGGAAGGAAGGGCACUGAACCGGUCAGGAUUGUCAGGACCUGUCUCACAAAGUGUAGCUUCACAAAAGUCCCUUCAUUAAUAGCAAUUAUUAGUGAACUGUGGGUUUGAAUAUAAUCAGGUGUUCAUUACUAGAGACACCAAGUGUAGCUUUACCCAAAACAUUGACAUUUUGCUGCGGUUAAAAAUGUAUAUCAUGAUGAACACAUUUGAAUGCCAUCUCCAGGCCUUUUGGAGCGGCGAAGGACGAUAUCACAGAAAUGUUGGGGUGCUCACAGCAGAAGUGGCACUUCAGAUUUGCAGUUGGAAUUGCAACAUGGAAUGGCCCAGUAGCUUUCAGCCCAUACAUCUUUUAUAUUGACAGUAACACAGGCCCACCCCACACAAGUUCCUGCAGCAAUCAUUACAUGAGUAGGCUACCUUAAAAAACCAGAGUACUAUCUAUCCAGAGAGUUUCGCUGAGAUGUGACAUAUUUUCUAGAUCUGACAACUUUUUUUAAGACACAUUUCACCCUGAUAUAAUGUACUUUUAUGACCCUUUUGUUGUGGUAAUUAGGUCCAAAGAGGUCCAUUAUAUCAUGGCGAACUGCAUCUAAAAAAGUUGUCAAAUCUAGAAAAUUCGUCACAUCUCCGCAAAUGGAUUGAUAGGAUAGCACUCUGGAUAGAUAGGAUAGCACUCUGGAUUGAUAGGAUAGCACUCUGGAUUGAUAGGAUAGCACUCUGGAUAGAUAGGAUAGCACUCUGGAUAGAUAGGAUAGCACUCUGGAUAGAUAGGAUAGCACUCUGGAUAGAUAGGAUAGCACUCUGGAUUGAUAGGAUAGCACUCUGGAUAGAUAGGAUAGCACUCUGGAUAGAUAGGAUAGCACUCUGGAUAGAUAGGAUAGCACUCUGGAUUGAUAGGAUAGCACUCUGGAUAGAUAGGAUAGCACUCUGGAUAGAUAGGAUAGCACUCUGGAUUGAUAGGAUAGCACUCUGGAUAGAUAGGAUAGCACUCUGGAUUGAUAGGAUAGCACUCUGGAUAGAUAGGAUAGCACUCUGGAUAGAUAGGAUAGCACUCUGGAUAGAUAGGAUAGCACUCUGGAUAGAUAGGAUAGCACUCUGGAUAGAUAGGAUAGCACUCUGGAUUGAUAGGAUAGCACUCUGGAUAGAUAGGAUAGCACUCUGGAUUGAUAGAUGGUACUCUAUCAACAAACUUUUGGGUUUAGGUACAAGGGGUUGGGCUGUUGAAACACUGGCACCUAGUGCUGUCAGUGAUAAUGCACUGCUGCCAUGGCCUGUCCAGUUGAUAUUUCAGUUAUACAAAGGAUUAUUCAGAAAACGUUGUCCUUGCUGCAGGUACGGCAUUUUAUUUUUCAAGUGUUUUUAUACAAAAAUUGUUGUAAAUAUGCAAUUAUUACUUCUCAAUGAGUGAUGUCAACUCGCAAUGUUAAGUCUCCUAAUUAUCUGAUUUCGGAGAUCAAUUGAGGGAUGGAUAUCUGCUUGAAACUUUGAAAAUCAAAUGAUUACAAAUCUAAACAAUAAAGUACACUGUUUAGACUGCUGUACGCGUCUGGACUCCUGCUGAGAACAGAAAUUUACUGAGAGCUUUCCUUUUGUGUGUGGAUGUGCUGAGUACAAAGUCUCAAUCCAACCCCUAUGGGGGAAAAAUAAAGGCUAGGUUGACAUGGCAACACUGCUGCAUUAACCAAUAGGAAGGAAGGGACAUUGAAAUCUGCCACAGGACUCCCAUUCUAAAACUGCAUCCAGCAGAAGCUGUUGCUUGGUAACCAAUAUUAGGAAAGAAACAACACAGGACUUCCUUUGCUUCAGAAAAUGACUUGCAGAUGUAAGCUCCCUCUUGUGUGUAUGCGUGGAAAUUCCGCUUUAAAUGGGCAAUGAUGUUGGUGCUAAAAUACUUUAAUUCCUCACAUUUUCUCACCCUUAAACUCCAAAAGAAAGAGUCAAACAAAUGAAGUUAAAGAAUUACAAAAAAUAAAAGUUCAGCAUGUGUAUGUUAUGUUGUGACGAUAAAACUGUUUUAGUUUUAAAACUA